AUGCCGGUCGUCGCUCGCAAAGUUUCCGAUGGGAAGAAGCGCGCGAUAAUCGUCAAAGAAGUGUUAAAAGAAGGAGAAGAAGAAGAGAAGGAGAACGAGUUUGAGGCGACAAAUAUUCUUCCUUCUUCUUCCUGCUUUUUUGACGCUUUGCCGGACCAUCUCAAAGAGGAAAUCUUACUUCGCGUUCCCGGGAAAAGCAACAACGUUGGAAAUAUCCAACGCGUGUCCAAAUCCUUCCACGACGUCGUCAACUCUUCGGAACGAUUGUGGAAAACGAUGUGCGAAAAAGAAGUCGGAGAAGAAGGCGCGAUCGUCUUUCGAGAAUUCGGAAGAAGAGAAGAGAGGUGA